AUGACAGGUCUUCAAGAAACACAGCAGAUCUGUCAGGGCCAGAGCUUCAAGCGUGCUGACCCUACUGAGGAAUGUAUUGAACGCAUCCUGCACCAUGCCAAGAGUCUUGUUGAUACCGGCCCAGACGACCUCAUGGCAUUGGCGCAGGCAAACUUUCCGAUUGAGCCGGCCGCCGGCCAGGCCAUCGGCUUUCCGAUCCCCAACAUCUAUAUCGGUGAAUCCGUGGCCUUCGUUCGAAUGUAUCGACAAAUGAAUAGUGCUACAGCGACAGCCCCUCAGGCAGAUCAGAAUUGGGACCCUUCGCUGCUUGCCAGGAGUGCACUCGGUCUUACCAUCGCCGCGCAUGCAGUUAUGUUCACUGGCCAAGCCUUAAUGGAACUAUUCGUUGGCAAAGACGACGUCAUCAAGGACUUCAAAGAAGAAGACUUGGCGUGUCCCAAGGACCUCAUCUGUACAUCCGUCAACUGCCAGGGCCAGAAGGAGGUGAUAAACCCUCUAACCGGAGAAACAAUCUCUAAACCCCCUUCGACGCCAACAUGUCUCACGGUAAAGAACCUCGGAUGCAGAUGCGGAAUCGUCAACUAUCCCUACGUCUGGGAGGUACCACAAGGAUACAUGGAUGCGCAAUAUGAAUGGCUCGAAGAGCUCAUCAAGCGAGCCGACGAGCCUGUGCUUGAAGCUGAAUGCAAAAGCGAUUUGCAAAGGUUUGAUAAAGAAACGCUAGGCGCCGCGAAUCCGGAUUCUUCACAAACCUUUGACCCCAGAUCCAGCUUUGAAAGUUUGAUAACCGGCUCGACAAAGAAUGGCAUUGGCCAUACGACGAUAUAA